AAUUUGUUAACAGCAAUACAAAUUUUAUCCACGUGUUGAAUUUAUACCUGAAAUAAAUGGAAAAUGAUACAAGCUUGAAAAAUAUUACAAAGAAUUCUGACGUGUUUAGAUUAAUAUGGCUCGUUGGAAUAAAUUAAUCAUAUAAACUGACGUUCUUAAAAAAAUAUAGUUCAGAAAAUUGUCGCUUUCCAUGUUUCGUAUUUUCCAAUUUUUAUUCUUUGAAAUAGUAGAUACGUAGGGAGAAGUACUGCAACGAUUCGUGACAGUAAUCUUAAGUUAAACGCCGAAUGCAAGAUAAUACAAACUGCAAGCGUUUUCGAAUGAAUGUGACGUACUUUUUUUCAAAAACAAACUUAUCUCGACACUUAUUAAAAUUAUGUUUUAUCAAAUGCUCCGUUUGUCGCAGUUGAUAAAAACCACUUACUCGACGUAUAACAUGCUGCUACAGAGUAAGUCAUCGCAGUAGAACACAUGCGGAGAAUAAGUUGUCUUAGUUCCUUCGCCACGUAAUGGAAGAAUUACAAUAGAGGAAAAUGAAAACGAAUCAUUGAAACAACGAUAUAAAUUACAUAGUAUGCAAGAAUAAUACAUUUCUAACACUUAAGUAAGAACCAGGUUUCGACAGUGAAUCUUCGCGAACUUCCGCACUAUUUUACUAAGAAUUUUCAACGAUUUCGAAGUAGAUUCGAUUCGACGAACAACAACUGGAAAUAUUACAGACUCUGUAUUUGAAUUUCUCAAUCGAGUUAUUCCGCUGGGCGUAUGAUUUGAGUCAACAAAGCAAUACAGAAAAAUAAGAAUCAUGUUCGUCUAAACCGAGAAUAAUACGAAAUGUCGAACACUCGCAUGCGAUCUAUUACAAAUGCUUUCUUUUAUCACACACAUUAAUAAAGCUUAUUGUUAGAUGGAAAUAACUGAAUUAUGGCGUUAUUAAAACUACAUGCAUUUUUUUCCUUGCCCUCCUGUUCGUAAUAAAAAUAAAAAUGAAGCUACGCUUGGAACGACUGACCACCGUCCACGGUAUGAAGAAAACUAGUAAAUUUAUAAAUCGGAAAAAGAGAACGAAAUCACUGCGACGUUUUCAGAGGUACUGUAGCAUAUUUUUCAUCGUUGUGUUAUUAACAAAUCUGAUGAUAUAUAACACAUUAUUCUCCCGAAACCACAGGAUAUAUUUACAAUCAACGAUAACAGGUUCUAUCAACGGGAUACAGGAGCUUGUCAAUAUUCUGGGAUAGUCAAUGAUAUUGGAAACGCUUAGAAUUUUACCGUAUAGACCGUUCCUUCGUUAUUUAUAAAAUUUGAGUUUUCACAUAUUAACAAGAACUAUUUUAUUUUAAUUUAAUAAUCUAAAUAGCUUAUUUUUUCUUUUCUAACGAAAUAAUUGGUAUGUACGAUCUCUACGUUUCAUCCAAAUUCUCGUUUAAAAUAAAUAAAUUCGAGAUGAUGUAAAAUCAAACUGGACACGCAACAAAUUUUACGUCACUUUUAGCCGAUAAAUUCCCAUGAAAAUAAUUGUGCGCGUGCUAUAAUGGUCACGUAUUCUUCUUUCAAUCGCCGGUUGCUUACCAUCGAAAUCGUGAACAUCAACGAUCACAAAAUCUUUGUACAACUUACACGCGUUGUUCGUGUGGCUUUUAAUAUUGGUAUUUUAAUAUUAAUAUAAAAUAUUGUUUCUCGUGUGUACUCAGAUUGUAGAUAUAAUUAUAAACGUGGAAAAUCAGGACCAACUCAAUGACGAAGUUAAAUUUGGAGUUUCAUUAACGAAAUAAAACGAGACUCAGAUAAGUAUAGAAAUUUUUGAUAAAACGUUUCGUGUAAUAUCUUUUCAUUGCAGAGCCUUGACAUACCUGCCAUGAUAUUUGAUAAUUGGACGAAAAACAAGAAGAUUCUCUUAGUGAUCAUGACACGUACAACGCAUUCCAUCGAAUCUACCAGUGGCUACCUGGUAACAUUGAAUCUCGGCUUUUCCGUGACGGUUGAUAUUAGAUUUAUAAAACAAGGAACAUAGCAAAUAAUACGUAAGGUAAUUGCAUAUGCAAAUUAAAAUAAUAUAGUUUGUAAAUUCUACAGAAGACAUCCAACUUUACGGUAAAAUAUUCUAAAAUAAAUGUAAAAGUGCAUGCUUUCUUAUUACAGCUAACGAAAACUUCGUACUCAUUGUUUAAUAUGUUGCAAGGAACUGAAUGAUGACACGAAGUGGAAUAACUGUGGAUCUUGAUGUUAUUUCUUUCGAUUCUUCGAAAGGACUAAGUUCUACAAAUGUACCGAUACAAGUGGACUAUAUAGCAAUAAACAUUACACACUGCUAAAGAUACCCAGAAAUACUUGCCUGAUCGUAGAGGUAAAUAUGUUAGAUGUUUUUCCUUUCUCAUCUGUUGAAAAAGCACACGUGUACGAUACCCCACUUUUCACUAAAAAUGCUUUUAAUUUAUGGAUAAUAUUCUCUGUUCCUUCCGUAUUAAAAAACUCUAUCGAUGAUGAAUAUUUGCAUUAUACCAGCUUCUAACGGAAGACAAUAUGAAGGGGUGCAUAAAAAAGUACGUACGGAUAUGAAGGGUUGAUUCAUUAUUCUUUUAACGAUCAAACAUAUUAUUACAAUAAUGAUACGCAUGAGCGAAGGGUAAGUUAUAGAAUAACAGUUAGAAAAUAAGUCAUACCGAGAAAGUAAGAGGGAUAUUGAUAUUUUACUACCGUCAGUGACUCUCGAACUUCGAACGAAAGUUGCUCGAGGGUGUUGUACAAGUGUUUCUCUUUCUACAUUUUCGAUAAUUAUUUCAUGCUCGCCAUUGGCGUCACUCUGGUAAAGUAAGAAUCAAUUAAAUAGAAAAAGUGCCUGAUAAUAGAAAAUUUUCAAUUGGAAGAUGCAUAUACUACGAUGGACAUUUUUGUUGUUCACAUUGUGCGGCUGUUACCCGCCUCUUUCGUGGAAGACACCUCUGCAAAAAUUUCUGUAUGAAAUUUAUACAGUAUUCUCAUUCCUGGUUCUCAAUAGUUUCUUGCUUUUUCAAAUAUUAGAUAUGAUAUGCAACGUAGAAAACACAGAUGAUUUCAGCGAUAAUUUCUCCGUGACAGUGGUGGUGUUUGUCACGUGCAUCAAGCUUUUCACUAUACUGGUAUAUCGAGCAAAUUUCCUACGUUUGUGCAAUACGCUUCAAAGGGAGCCAUUUUUACCAAUGAACGAAGAAGAGUUCGAAAUUCUGUUGAAAUUCGAGAAAAUUACCGAUUGGAACACACUUGGUUACAUGACCCUGCUCGUGAUUUCUGAUUUCUUUAUACUCGUAGUGUCGCUUCUAGCAAAUUUCAAGAACCGAAAACUAGCGUUUCGAACAUGGAUACCAUACGAAUACUCGUCGUUAUCUACAUAUCUGCUUACUUUCCUUUAUCAGUCGUUAUUCACGACGAUAUGCACCUUUGGAUGCGUCGCUAGCGACUCUCUGUACAGUGGCCUGUUGAUACAUAUUAACUGCCAAUUCGAAAUACUAGAGCAUCGUCUGAAGAACAUCGAAUCGAACCAGAAUUAUUCAGUGAAGCUGUGUGUUCAUCAUCACGAUCAUAUCUACAAAUUUGGCGAAAUGGUGAACGAGGAAUUUAAAAUGAUCAUGCUUUUUCAAUUCUGUACAAGCCUGUCUACGAUCUGUUUCAAUUUCUAUCGAAUAACACAAAUCGAAAUGGAUUCGAGAUUCGUAGGAACGCUUCUCUACAUGGCCUGCUCGUUGAUGCAGAUAUUUUACUACUGUUGGUUCAGCAAUGAAGUCAAACUCAAGAGUUUGGAACUUUCUGAUAUGAUAUUCAGAACUGACUGGACAUCGUUAAAUAACAACGUUAAGAAAGCUUUUUUGAUGUUAAUGAAGCGUGCUAUGAGGCCGAUCGAAUUUACCAGCAUUUACGUCAUCUCCGUCAAUCUUGAGUCCUUCAUGACACUUCUGAAGACUUCUUACUCAGCGUUCAAUGUUUUCCAACAGAGCCGGGAAUCAUGAAAAUGCGGGAAUUCUCUUAAUUUAGAACCGUCUGCCUUCGAUACUUCCGAAUAGAAUAAUAAUUGUCCACUUAGAAAAAGGAAGAGAAAAAAGCAAAUCGAACACAACACGCGAAACGUGCAACAGAGUAUCUAGAGUGCAUUCCAAUAAAUUAUUUGAAACAUGAAUACCAUGCGUUUGAUUAACGUGCCUGUAUCACUUUCUCUUUUGACUCUCAUUUUUCGUCAAUGAAACUAUUCACAAUGAGUAAACCGCAACCUUCUGUUCCUUGCGACCGAUGAAAGCAGACUGAUGGUGCUUCGUGUUCUAAAGUUUAUUUUUUAUUAAUUUUCGUUGAGGGGAGACAGAUAAUAGCCGAUGAAUCAUUAUCUAUUUCCAGGACAAUUUCGACCCUUUCUUCGUUUCUCGACUCCGUACUUUGCCCUCGAUCGACUAGUUGGAACAUUGUGCCUUCCCGGAAACGACAGGAGAUGCCUAUAAUAAAUAAAUACUUUUUAGCCAAUUAUAUAGACUGUCAUCAGUUAUAGAACUAUAGAGAAACUUUACUCUUAAUCGCGAUUCUAUCUAAGUGAAAGCCCCAACUGGGAAAUAUCUCAUUGAUUUUUCUGUAAUCGCAUAACCAUAGGGGAUGUAUGUAAUGUAAUAAUAAUAAAGAUGUCUUGGUCGACAAAAAAAGAUCGGUGGAAAAGAAGACAGGUAAUAGAGUCGCGCAUUUGAUGGAAGCUCUUUCAUUCUGUAACAGUCAAGCAGCUUUGAUAAAAAUUUGUAACUGACAUAAUCAAGCUUGUUAAGUAUAAUUAAAAGUAGGAUAUUCGCACAAUUAGAUUUUUGUACGCUUCGAUCAAAUUCUUCCAGGCAAAAAUAUAGGAAAAUAAAAUCAUAACGAUAUUCUUUUCCUUUUUUGACGAAAUAUUCAUCUUUUAAAAAGAAAUUUUUAAACAAGAUUUUUUGUAUAUAUCAUCGACUAGUUUUUAGUCGAUGAUUUUCUAAGAAAAUAUA